AUGAGUCCCGUGGCAUUAAUGCUAGGCUUGAAGACCUUGUGGGUUUUGGCUUUCUCCUCGCUUUCCAACACGCUGGCGGUCAACAACAGCGGGCGGUGGUGGGGAAUCAUCAAUGUGGCUUCUUCCACCAACUUGUUGACUGACUCCAAGAAUGUGCAGUUGGUGCUGGAUCCUUCCCUGCAGCUGCUGAGCCGCAAGCAGCGCAAGCUCAUCCGCCAGAACCCAGGCAUCCUUCACAGCAUCAGCAGUGGCCUGCAGAGCGCCAUCAAGGAAUGCAAGUGGCAAUUCCGCAACCGGCGCUGGAAUUGCCCCACCAUGCCAGGGCCCAACAUUUUUGGCAAGAUUGUCAACAGAGGUUGUCGAGAAACUGCUUUCAUCUUUGCCAUCACUAGUGCUGGGGUCACACACUCGGUGGCCCGUUCAUGCUCAGAAGGCUCCAUUGAUUCGUGCACCUGUGACUACCGCCGGAGGGGCCCAGGUGGUCCAGACUGGCACUGGGGUGGCUGCAGUGACAACGUUGACUUCGGCAGGGUCUUUGGACGAGAGUUUGUGGAUUCCAACGAGAAGGGGCGGGAUCUGCGUUUCCUGAUGAAUUUGCACAACAAUGAGGCAGGACGCCUGACUGUCUUCACAGAGAUGCGUCAGGAGUGCAAGUGUCAUGGGAUGUCUGGCUCUUGCACAGUCAAGACUUGCUGGAUGCGGUUACCCACUUUCCGGACAGUGGGGGACUUCUUAAAGGACCGCUUUGAUGGUGCUUCUCGGGUUAUUUAUGGCAACAAAGGCAGCAACCGGGCCUCCCGGGUGGAGCUGCACCACCUCGAGCCAGAGAACCCGGCCCACAAGCCCCCUUCCCCUCACGACCUGGUCUACUUCGAGAAGUCACCCAACUUCUGCACCUACAGUGGCAAAACAGGCACAGUGGGCACAGCAGGUCGCUCCUGCAACAGCUCCUCCCCAGCCCUGGACGGCUGUGAGCUGCUGUGCUGCGGGAGGGGGUACCGGACCCGGAUGCAACGGGUCACUGAACGCUGCAACUGCACCUUCCACUGGUGCUGCCAUGUCAGCUGCUUGAACUGCACCAAUAUGCAAGUCUUGCAUGAGUGCUUAUGA